CACUAGUGAGCGUGCAAGAAAAGUGGGUGGGGGUGGCUGGAGGGGAGCGAAUAUACGACAUGUCAUCUUUAGCAUCAUAAAUAAGAAGAACGCAAAAACUAGAAGUCUCCACGCGUGACAUCAGCCCGGCUCUAUAUGAGGAAGGAGGCAGAAAGCAUCAGGACCAAUCUGGAGUCAGUCACCGCUCAACCUCAGCAGCGCGCAGAAACGCACAUGCCUCGCAUUUGCGGCUCUCAAUCCGUCCAAGUACAACCACGCGUGGUUUUUGUAUCCAUUGUUCUUUCUUCGUGACAAACUUUGAAGAAACCCAGGUGAACGGAAUCCAAGAAUUUGACAAAAAGGGGGAAAAAGCUGCCUCGCUUUCACUUCAUGCACGCUGCAACGAGUUCUUAGCUGUCGGACCUCUGCUCUCUUCUUGGAAACCCAAGUUUUGUCACACAAGGAGUGAUGCUGCGUGUUCCCAAGCCGCACUUGCACUCCAGGGGAACUUAACUUAAAAGCCGGACACCGGAGCAGAGUAACAUUUCGUUCGAUGAAAGCGCACCGACGAGGACACUCAUACUCAGCGGAGGAUCAUCUCGCUCCAUAAAAUGAUCCCAAACUGGCGACCUGAUAUGUCGCAUCUCGUCUGAUGUUUGACAAAUUUGCAGCUCGACUAAAAGGAACUCCAGGAGAAGAUUUAAAACGAAUUCAUCGCCAGCCCGCUUGGCACCCCCACCCCCCUUUUUUUUUUCAAAAUCGGGGUCCGGACAACUUAAUAGCCGUCCAGAUGCAGUUUCGACUCUUCUCAUUUGCCCUGAUAGUAUUGAACUGUAUGGAGUACAGCAGCUGUCAGGCUCCGUCACAACGCUGGAGGAGAAACAAAAGAGCUAGCUAUGGAGCAUACCCCAUCUGUAAAGGCUGCUCAGUGUGCUCCAGAGACAACGGCUGUGUAAACUGCCAGCCUAAACUUUUCCUGUUUCUCCGGAGAGAAAGGAUGAGACAGUAUGGCGAAUGUCUUCAUGACUGUCCAGCUGGUUACUACGGCAUGCGCAGCCCCGAACUCAAUAUGUGUUCCAGGUGCAGGAUAGAGAACUGCGAGUCGUGCUUCAGUAAAGAUUUCUGCACCAAAUGCAAGUCAGGUUUUUACCUCAACAAAGGGCGAUGCUUUGACAAGUGCCCAGAGGGCUUUGCUCCACUGGAGGACACCAUGGAGUGUGGAGGUAACAGCACAAAUGGCUGUGAGGUCGGGCAAUGGAGUGACUGGGGAGCUUGCACCAGAAGAAACAAAACCUGCGGCUUUAGGUGGGGUCUGGAGACCCGGACGCGGCACAUUGUAAAGAAACCACCCAAGGACACAAUACCGUGUCCCACCAUUGCUGAGUCCCGCAGGUGCAAAAUGGCCAUGAGACACUGCAGAAAAGGAGACUCAGGGAAGCAUCGAUCCAAAGAACCAAAGAAGAAGGGGAAGAAGAGGCUGCGAUUUUGGGCUCAGAACCAGCACAGCGACCACUUGGCCUCUGCGCGCUCCGGUCAGUGAGGACUGAGAAGAUGGACUUUGGACGUUGAACAAAGAAUCUACGCAAAGCUGCUAGCUGCAACCAUGCUCUGACUGACAAACAUCACAAAACACCGUCAACCUCGCCUGCGUCUCAGACCUCCAAUAACAUCCCGCCCACCUCCCUCACCUUCCAGAGCAUCGCCAUGAUUCAUUCGUAAAUCCGUCACUGCAAAAAGUUUUGUCUCCGAUACGAUUUCAGUGUCGACACACUAAAAUCAUACUCUACGCACCUGCCUGUCGCUACUUCCUCUUGGCUGCGCUGUUCAGCUAGGUGACUCGAUUCGCUGCGGUUCCACCCCAUGCCUUGCCUUGUGGACCUUUAACAGUCGACAUUAGUGAACUCAUUUCCUCUCAAUAACAAUGUCAUCAACUGUCUAGAGUGAUUAAAGACAGAGGGGGCAACCACAGACAGGAAGGGUGGGCAAGCCAAAUAGAGGGAGGUGAAAGAGAAAGGCAGGCAGAGAUUUGGCCAACU